AUGGCUGCCAACGACUACUACAACAACUCCUACUCACAAAAGCCCCAUCCACCAUUACCGCAUGAUAAUGAGUCUCACGACGACCCAUGGAAUCAUAAUCCUUCUUCUCCGACUGUGACAGGAGGGGGGUAUCCUCACGCCUACGACAACGGCAACAGAUACGGUCACUACCAUACGAAUUCAGACAACGAUCUGGGAGACAACCGAAUUGGCCAUAACAACGAUUACUACUCUGAGGAGAUCCCUCUCAAGUCAAAUGCGGCACCACAAAAUAAGCCCGACUGGGCGGAUGAUACGAGAUACCAACCUGCCUCUCACGACUUACAGGCCGAACCCUUGAACCUCAGUGAUCCCAUCAGACGGCCAUCUCGAAAGAGAAGAAAGGGUUACUUCGCAAAGAAGGUUCCCUGGGUUACGUAUAUAAUAUCCCUAGUACAGAUCAUCGUAUUCAUCGUUGAAAUCGUUAGAAAUGCCCAGCUAACAGGAUCCCCCAUCAUGACAAAACCCUCCUUCAACCCUAUGAUCGGUCCAUCGCCCUACGUCCAGAUAUAUCUCGGAGCUAGAUUUGUCCCUUGCAUGCGUAACGUGGACCAACUCCAAAACAACAAUCAGACCGUCCUCUUCCCUUGCGCAAACUCAACCACCAAUGAUGCCCAAUGCAGGCUUUCGGACCUAUGCGGAUUUGACGGCGUGCCCAACCCUAGACCCCACGGAAGCAUUGACGAUAAGCCAGAACCAAACCAGUGGUUCCGAUUUAUCCUGCCCAUGUUCCUCCAUGCUGGUCUUGUGCAUAUAGGCUUCAACCUCUUCGCCCAGUUGAGCAUUGGCGCUGAUAUGGAGAGAGCUAUUGGCUGGUGGAGAUACGCUAUAGUCUAUUUCUCCAGUGGUAUAUUUGGUUUCGUGCUCGGCGGAAACUUUGCUGCACCUGCUAUUGCGUCCACGGGAGCAUCUGGCUGUCUUUUUGGCAUCUUCGCUCUCUGUGUCCUCGACCUUUUCUACACCUGGGGAAAGAAACAGCGGCCAUGGGUUGACCUGAUGUUUAUGCUAAUCACAGUAGCAAUCUCGUUCGUUUUAGGCCUGCUUCCGGGCUUGGAUAAUUUCUCUCACAUUGGCGGUUUCCUUACUGGGUUAGUACUUGGGAUCUGCGUCCUCCGCUCACCCGAUACCCUGCGAGAGCGCAUCGGAGUUAAGAUUCCCUAUGUUUCCAUGGGUGGUAACUUGGGAGUUGAUGAGAACCAGAAGAAGUUCUACAAGCAACCAGUUAACUUCUUUCAGGGCCGUAAGCCACUGUGGUGGGCAUGGUGGCUGCUCAGAGCUGGUGCUUUAAUCGGCAUUAUUUCCUCGUUUAUUGUUCUUCUUAACAAUUUCUACAAGUACCGCACUACAUGUUCGUGGUGCAAGUAUUUGUCAUGCUUGCCUGUCAGCAACUGGUGCGAAAUCGGCGACUUUACUACGACUCCCCUUUAA